AAAAGAAGGCCAUAAUUUGGCGCUCUGUCCGCGGUCACACUGGUUCGGUAGCGUCUCGUUUCAAUUUUCAAUAAUUUUCAGUUAAAGUACGCGAUAAAUGUGAUAUAUGCGGAAUUAUGUGCUCGGGCAACAAACCUUCGAAGGCAAUACAUUUCUAGACAGAAAAUCAUUGCGGACGCAAGUGAAAGGAGUAGCCUUCGGGUUUACGGAACGAACUUGUCAUUGUCCUUCCCUACGUUGUUGUUGUUUUGUUGCUGUAUUCGCUGGCAGUCGUUGUUGUGGUUGCUCGUGGAUACAUACAGUGUUUACUCGAUAACUUCAACAGAACCGCAAUCAAAUUACAAGGAAACCACAAUGGACACGGACCAUGCGAAUAUCAAUGAUUUCAAGGAUCGCGAUCUGGCCUCGCGCAUGCGCCGUUGCAAUUAUGAAAAGUACAAAUCUUUGGUGCGCAUGCACCUUUCCUUUGAACUGGACCUGAAUACGGAUGAAUUUGACCUUCCUUGCCACGAGAUCGUCUACGAGGACAAGGGCAAGCUGAAGAAGUGGAACCGCCUGUCCAAGAAGCACCGUCUGGGUCAUGGAGCAGCAAGCACAUCCUGUGCUUCCGCCUCAGGUAGCAAAUCCGUGGGUAACAGUCCCACGGAAACCCUGCAGCAGCAAAUUGACCCAGGAUUUCUGAUGCAUCUGCAAGAGCUCAAGGAGUUUCUCAUGCUAGAAAAAAAUCUCACCCAGGAGGGGCUCUUCCGCAAAGCCGGAGCCGUUUCUCGACAAAAUGAACUUAGGAUGCACAUCCAGCACGACAAGCCACUGAAUUUGGAGCUCGCCGGCUUCUCGGCUCACGACUGCGCCACCGUUUUCAAGGGUUUCCUAUCCGAGCUGCCCGAACCCCUCCUCACAGAUGCUCACUAUCCAGCCCAUCUACAGAUAGCCCCGCUCUGCCAGGCACUCAAUGGUCAGGCCAUGUCUACCGCCGAGCGUCAGCAGCACCUGCUCAACUCAGUGCAGCUGCUGCUCCUUCUCCUGCCUGAGGAACAUCGCGAACUCCUUCAGCACAUCAUCGAAAUGCUCCAUGCCGUGGCUCAGAACGAAAGGAGUAAUAAGAUGAGCGCCGAGAACUUGGCCACUUUGUUCACGCCCCAUUUGAUCUGUCCCAGGCAACUACCGCCCGAGGUGCUCCACUACCAGGCGAAGAAGAUGGCCAGCAUCGUGACCUACAUGAUAGUCCGCGGACUAGACAUCUUCGAGGUGCCGGGAAAGCUGUCCACCGAUAUCCGGGCGUACUUUCUUGAGCGCAAACGAAAGAAAACCAUGUCGCCGGAACAAACUCUCGACGAGUCCAUCUCGGACGUCUCGACGGUCAACACGGUGUACACUUUUGUAGAUCGCGCCGCCACUGCAGCGGCCACAAAUACGAACAACACGGACACCGAGCUGGCACAGCUUUAUGCCCACAUCCAGAGCAUGCCGGAGUCUUCAAAGAAGCGUCGACUGAUCAAGCAGUUUAACAAGCAAAACGGGCAGGGCACACCGUUGCAGCUGGUGGUAAUGAAUCGUCUGAAGAACAAUGAGGCCACUCGGAGUGCCAAGUCUCUGGGCGAUUCUAUUAAGAAGCACAUUUUCCACAAGAGCCUCAUGUCGCGUACCCCAAAGAGAGUGCCACCCACUUUUCAUUUGGCAGGAGGGCCAGAGACGCCCAACAUGUCGCAUGUUAAACUGCCCAAGAUGCGGGUGCUCUUCCAGAGUCCCACGCCACCCACUCCCACCUCAUCGACCAUCACCAGCGUUACCCUGGCAACUAACCCACGGCACAAGCUUCAGAAAUCCAUCUCAUCCGCCUCCCUUAAGAUCGAGUCCUCAUCCUCGGACAGUAGCUCCAGCUGUGCGGCCAGCGGUAGCAUCUCUGCUCCAGUGAGUCGGCAGCAGUCUAAGGAGUCACCUUUGGGCGCGGGGGCUGCUGCUCCCGGACAGGACCUGGACGAGAUCGAUGCCGAUUGCUGUGUGACGCCUUUAAAGAUCAUGUCAGCAGUUGCCAAGCAGCUCAUCGAUAAGAAGAGCGUGGCCUGGGAUGAGCAGCGCCUGCUGGAGAUCGAGGAGUACUCGAAUCCUUCCACGCCAGUUCAGCAAUCGUCGCGCUACAGAUCGGAGCCUAAUCUUUCGAGUAUCCUGCCCCAGGUGGACCCGGAGGAAGAGGACGACGGCGCACUCACGCCCAUUGUAGAGGGCCGCAGCACCAUGACGGCAAGCAGCAGCCACAUGGGCAGGUCCAUAACCCGCAAGUUGAUGAAGGGCGUCAGCAUGGGUAAUCUUAGAUUCCCGUUCAGCACACCGGAGACGACCAAACGGCUGGUGCGGAGUGUUUCGGCCACCCUGAGGAGGCGUCCCAGUGGCGAAGAAGGCAAACACUGCCCGUUGGCAGCGGAUGCUCCGCUUUUGGAGGAUGUGGAUGACAGCGAUGAAGAGGAGGAGCAUCAUGAGGAUAGGGAGGAGAAUGAUGAUGAUACGCUGUCGGAGAACAAUGGCAGUUCAAACGAACUGCCCGCAAUGAGUCUGGACUAUCGGCAGAUUCUGCAGAGCAGCGUGUACCGCAAUAUGGAUCUCAUCACGAGUACACCAGCUCUGCACAUGGGCCGGCGUUCCAUGUCGCCCAUAACCAAGUCCACUCAACGCAUGCCCAAGGCGAUGCAGGAAUCUAUUAUGACUCCCCGCUCUCGGAAACCCGUGAUGCUGCUGAACGCCUUGGGCGGCAAUGGCGACAAGCAGCUAAACCUGAGCUUUGCCGAGCAAGAGGAGCAGGAUUCAAUCGGCGGCACACCCACCAAACAGCGGGAGCCGCCAACGCUGCACAGCGAAGAUGCCACUUCACUGGGAGGCUAUGCGGAGAUUCUGAGGCACCAGCAGAGCUUUGCCCUCUUAAACUCCAGACAGCGGACGACAAGCAGCAGCACCAGCAACGAAGACUCCAAGCCCUCGAAUGCCCUAUCCAGUGAUUUCAAGGAAUAUUUGUUAACUCGCAGCGUGCUCACAGCCAGUCCGGCGGACUUGUCCUUUGCCAGUCGCUCUGAUGAUUUUGGCGGAGCAAGCACCACGCAGGACAUCGAUGACUUGGACGAGUCCGAUCUAAGUCCCAGUCUGCUCUACUGUUUGGAUGGAAAUGAGCCUACCUUAGCCUCGCCCUUUGGCAACAGCAAUGGGCGAAAGCGAUCGGCGGGCACGCCCCUAAAGUCUGCUCUUAUUUCCGACCAUGAUGCCGAUAACAAGGAGAACGUAGAGAAUCUCCAGGAGGAGCACUCGCGCACCAAAAAACUCCUUAUUACUUCUCCCGAGGAGUAUCCUGGCGAAACCGCCCUUUAGCUUUAAAUCGAACUAAUCGCACACCUAGGUAUUUUCAUAAUAUAACGUUAAAACCGUUGUACGGUUUUAAAAAUCAUCUCUCAUCAAAAUGUUAAAGAAAAAGAUUGCUUCCGUGAAAAAAUAUUUUCAGUAUGACAAGUUCUCUCGUUUUAACUUGGCCGAGUUCUAAAAGUUUAGCCUAAGAUCUUACAUUAUAAAUGCAUGCCCCGAAAACUUAUAAAAUACAUAUAUAAAUAUAUAUAAUCGCAAAGUA